CAUGGCGGCUGCUAGGUUGCCUCCGCAUGUUCUAGAGACGUUGUUUUCUUAUUUGGACAUAUCCGAUCUUAGAAAUUGCUCUCUUGUAUGUAAAAACUGGUAUAAAUUUUUAAACGACGAAAAUAACGAUGUAUGGAGGUUACACUGUGUGAGAAAAUUAGCAGAAGAGGCCUUGAAAUCGGAUUUGUUGAGUAAUGUUCCAACUUACAAAGCCAAAUUACGUGCGUUUUAUCACUCCUGGAAUCCAAACGACUGCUCAAGAAACAUAUAUGUGAAGCCAAAUGGAUUUACAAUUCAUCGCAACCCAGUUGCACAAAGCACAGAUGCCGCAAGGGGCAAGAUCGGCUUCAGGACAGGUCGACAUUGUUGGGAGGUUUGGUGGGAAGGGCCACUCGGAACUGUGGCAGUUAUUGGUCUUGCCACCCAAAACUCUUCCAUGCAAGUUCAAGGAUAUGUGUCGCUAGUAGGAAAUGAUGAUCAAAGUUGGGGAUGGAAUCUUGUAGAUAAUCAUUUAAUACAUAAUGGAGACAGCCAAGGCAAUUAUCCUCUAUUGAACAAUGCACCUAAAUAUCAGGUUGGUGAGAGGAUACGAGUGAUUUUAGACUGUGAAGACAAUACGUUAGCUUUUGAAAAAAAUUAUGAAUUUUUAGGAGUAGCUUUUCGUGGUUUACCAGACACACAUCUUUACCCUUCUGUGUCGGCCGUGUAUGGCAACACGGAAGUCUCAAUGGUUUACCUUGGUCCACCGCUGGAUGGCUGACGAUGUGCUCGUGCUCCAAGGGGGGCCGUACAGACUCUGCAGAUAGUGAAUAUUAUAAACUGGGCACCAUAUGCCCUUAAAUUCCAUUCUUGUCAACUGAUUGGCGAUGGAUGACAGUGUGCUUGCCAAGGAGCAGAAGAGAAUGUGAUCAUCUUGUCAUCAAGGGCUCAUUUGGCCCUCAAAGUAUCAUUCUAUUCACGUGACCGGCAACAAACUGUUUUUCGUCACAGCGCAGCAGACAGAUGUUCACAUCAUCAAGGGAUCAGACCGAAAAUUCCAUUUUUAUCACGACUGGCAAUCUGGUGUUGCCUGUGAAAGAGCUGUGCAGAGUCAAAAGCUGAUUCUCAACUGACCAAAAUAAUUCCAUAGUAACAUCAGGGGGCACCUGCCAAAUAGGCAGCAAAACUGUCUAUGGUGAUUGUCAUGCCACAUUUGACAAGCUCAUAUAUUCCAGAUGUGUCAUUAUGUGAGAAUAUUGUUCUUAGAAAUGUUGUUGUCAUGGCAACUGAUUCUAUAGAUUCAUUGUGGGAAAUUUGUUCUUCUCUAUGACUAAGUUACCUAUGCUUUGACAUCUGCUUCCAUAGUAGUUCAUGUCCAAAUUCAGUGUCGGAAACUCAUGUACAUGCUGCAGCCAUUGUCAGAUUGUGUGCCCCAGUAUUUAAAUGGACGAAAAGUUGUUAUUUCUAAAGAGUUACAAGUCCUGUUGAAAUAAUAAGUACCGGUAUUCUGAUUCAAACACUGGAAAUUGAGUCUGUCUGAAUGUUUCCAAAUGCAUUUUGUAUAGAAUCUAUAUAUUUUUCAAAGCUGUUGUCAGAAAAUACCCAAAAUAUUCCCUGAAACGUUGAUCAACCAUAGAUGUAUACAUCAAAAUGAACCAGGUGGACAGAGGGUCUGGCACCCUCGAUGAUCCAGGGUGUCAUAUGUCGAUCAUAUAUUUAUGAAAAAUACCCAAGACCCUUUCACUACCAAAGUUUCUUUUUAAAUUGAAUUACACUGUGCUUACAAUAGACAUACAAUAAUUUAAAACUAAUGUUCAAGAGACAAUCCAAAGGAAGUUACUGAUAUUAAUCAUAAGGGACCACUUGUGAAUAGAGCAUAUGCCUGGAUCUCAGAAGGACGGUGGUUUCAUCCAUGGCCGUGUCGUACCAAAGACGUUUAAAGUUGGUAGUUACCCUUCCUGGUGCUCGGCAUUAAGGACACAGAACAAGGACUGAUCACAUCGGAGUCAGUAUACUGUGUCUGAGUGGCGUAUUCAUGUUAAACAGUGAGCUAGAAUUACAAAAUCGGCAAUAGUCGGGACUAGUACAAGCAGAGACACACACACGUGCAUGCACGUCGCUAUAUAUGCGUGUUAUAAUCUUGAAUGAAACGGUUGACCCCAUGUCACCUCGUCUCACUUUAAUCAAAGGUGAGGUGAGGUGAAAUGGGGUUUAAUUUUACCAUCAGAGAAUAAUCAUCAAUGACAGUAAAAAAUUAAUGAAUCCUCUUAGAUUUUAUUGAAAAAAAUAAUUUUAGUCUGAAAACAUUAGGCUGAAAUACCAAGGCAUGACUACUGAAGUUAAGCGAAGCACUCUGUGUCCCAUAAAGACAGCACAGCUGGCGUAAUGGUCUGAGGUGCCACAAUUUGCUGUGCAGAGUUGCAUCCCUUAGGUAUACCAGAUUCGCAGGGAAUAUUUUGGGGGUUGUCAGCGCCUAGGCCUAGCCGUGCUUGUGGGUUUCACCAAGGUGGUAAAGGUCUAAGACCUGCAUCACCUGGGGUCUCCUCCCACCUCAAGCUGACAUGCUGUGAUAUAACUGAAAUACUGUUCAAUGUGGCAUUAAAACAAAGUCACUCUUUUGUCUCCGAAACCACAGAACUAUUAUCAAUUCCUUGGUAGGAUCCUAACCUAUCGUUGUUCCAGUUGAUUGGAUCAACACUUGAGCAGAUGACUUGAAUUAAUUUGAACAUCAUUUGUGUGAUUUACCAGCCACAGUUACAUAGAUAUUUGUGACAACCUGUGUAAACAUUCAUUCACUUGCCCUCCCAAAUGUAAAUAUAUAUUUUUAGACUUGAUCAGAAAGUGACACAUAAUAGCAUAAUAUGCCAUUUACAAGGAAUGAGAGGAAAGAGGUAUUAGUAGAAUCAUGGGCUCAAUAGGGGGAAAUGAUAAACCUAUUGGCUGGCCUUUUCACUGUAUUUCUUGAAUGUGUCAGAGUUGCCUCCCUUUGUUCAGCUGACAUGAGGCCUGGUUUGUGAGCUGAAUCUAAAAAGAAACUUUGGCCAGCUUUUGGAACUAUUUCUGUCCAUCUGUCACAUGAUACAACACAAAACAAAUCUGCAGCCAUGACCCUGAUGUAAAUCCUGAUUUUUUUCAUUUGUUUUGCCUUAAAGUUGACAUCAAAAUUCAGGAACUGGGAAAAUAUCCUUAAAGUCAUUACUCAUCAAGAGGGGGGUGGGAUUUCAAGUCAUCUCAGGCAACUCAAUUUACAGAGUUGCAUUCCUAAGUUAUGCCAGGAUUCACUGAUUCUGGGUUCAACUCCAAGAUUUGCCCUGAGUGUGAUCCAUUCUUUGUCAACAACAUACCCAUGCUCGUGAUUUUUUGGAAAAGCCAUAAACUUCACUCUAUCCAACUGUAUGAAGUUAUCAUUGUGUGAUAUAACUGAAAUACUGUUCAAAGUUGCCCAAAACACAAGACCCUCUCUCAAUAGACCAUUACCAAAACAUAUUGACCAAAGAGCACCUGUGUGUUAAAACACAUGAUUGUAUUAGUCUGUCAAAGUUGUGUUGAGGUUUUGUGAUUUUGCUGUAUGAAUAAAUGACAUCAUGCACCAUAUGUAUGUGAAAAUGCGAAAGACAGGAACAAUGUUUGUGAAAUAUGCUGUUGGAAAGCUGGUAAAGGGAGAUAACUUUCAAUAUGAGUAACCUCCCUUUGUGUACCUGCACUGGCAUUGAAAUCAAUCAACAGUUUCAAUAAAAUAACUCAAGAGAAAUCUAUUGUUGAAACAUCAUCAUUAAUAUCACAAAAGCAAUAAAGGUUCCAAAAGAAUGGCUUUCCAAAAGAAUGCAUAUUAAGACAUUGCAAAGAAUAACUUAAAGCAUGGGGGAUAUGAUUGUACUGACAAAUGUUUACAGUUGAUGACAAUGUUAUUUCUAGUGUGUUUCUAUGUUCUGAGCAGACCUGGUGAUAAAGGUCUGUUCCUGUGUGAUUUCUUCAUUAAGAGGAGGUGUUCCAGUUACUAUGGUUACAGUCUCUCAACAUCAAAAAAAGUUGGAAUAAGUUUGUUCCAGCAGAGAUGACUAUAAACAAGUUGAUAUGAAUGCAUUUGUUUGUGUGUCUAGAUAGAAACGGGUAAGGUAGUCAGAUCAUAGGAAACUGUGUCCUUUGGAUCAAAGACCUUCAGGGUUCUUUCCUCCGACUAAAUGGGGAUUCCGGGGUAAAACAAGAUCCCCAGCAACCAAUUCUUGAUGUAAGAGAUAACUUAAUGGAUCUGGUCUUCAGGCUGGUCUUCUCAGAAACCAUUGGAAAAUCAUUUUUUAUGAAUGUACAGAGACUGUGUUUAUGCUCCUUCUCUACUAUGAAAUUAGUAUUCAAAAUUGCUGUAAGCCGUCACCAGAAAUAGGGUGUACGAAAUCAGUGGAACUGUAAGUGUUAAAACAUGCGAGUGAGGGGCCUAUUCAAGUGAGUGGCUUCAUCCUUAAUGUAAUUCUGGCCUACAUUCUCUCCCAUUUAGAACCAUGAGUGGCAUGAGGACAUAUUCAUCAUCUUAAGUAAAGAUCCGGGGUAGAAUAGGUCUUCAGCAACCCAUGCUUGCCGUAAAAGGCGACUAACGGGAUCGGGUGGUCAGACUCGCUGACUUGGUUGAUGCCUAGCAUUGAUUCCAACUGCGUGGAUCGAUGUUCAUGAUGUCAAUCACUGGAUUGUCUGGUCCAGACUCGACCCCCGUCAUAUAGCUGGAAUAUUGCUGAGUGCGGAGUUAAACAACAAACAAACAAAUAAGAGCUUUUCAGAAGACAUUUCUCUGUCAUUACCCAGAAAAUUAACCAAAAUCCUUUCCUCCAUCCAAGAAAAGAAAGAUGAUGUUUGUGUUCCUUGUCAGUUAUUGUAGAGGGUCAAGAUGUGAUGCGACUGUGGGGAUUGGUGGUUGGAAUUAGUUCCCAGGAACCUAUGGUCUUCAUAACAAGUGACUUCAUGGAUCAGGUAGUCAGCCUCUGUGACAUGGUUGAUAGCGAUCAUCGUGUCCCAACGGUGUGGGUCUCAUUGCCCAUAAAAUCAAUCACUGCAUUGUCUGGUCCAGACUCAAUUAUUUACAGGCUGCGGUCAUAUUGCUGGAAUAUUGCUGAGUGCGGCUUUAAACAUCAAAUAAUAUGUGAUGACUUAUUGUGUGAAAAGAUGUGCCUCGUGUCUGUGGAUCAAAUAUUACAUGUACCUGAAUGACGGUCCUUGGUUGGCCAGCACCAGGCCUUGUAAGAAGUGAAAUCUAUGACCUACAUCACCUUUAGUGUUACUCCCAACUGUACCUGACUAUAGGAUGUGAAGAUGGGAUAGGGUAGCCUAGUGGUUAAAGCGUUCACUCACCAGCCUGAAGGCCCAGGACUGACUCCCAACAAUAAUGUGGAACUCAUGUCUGGUGUUCCUGGAAUGAUGGUGUGAUGGAAUGUUGCUAAAAGGAGAGUAAAACCCAACAGGCUCACUCACUAAAUAAAUAAAUGAAUAAUGUGUAAUAAAAGAUGUGUUGACUCCUAAACUACUCAAGCAGUCCAUAGUGAUAAUACCCAUGUGAAACCUGUUCACAUUUUAGUAUGUUUAGACAAAAUAAUUGUCUCUUUAUGCCCAGGGGGCGGUCGGGUAGCCCAGUGGUUAAAGCGUUCGCUCGUCACGCCGAAGACCCGGGUUCAAUUCCUGACAUGGGUACAAUGUAUGAAGCCCAUUUCUGGUGUCCCCCACCGUGAUAUUGCUGGCAUAUUGCUAAAAGCGGUGUAAAACCAUACUCACUCAUUCACUUUAUGCCCAGUGUAGGGCAGCGGGACUAAGGGUUGAAGUGUUGGGCUCCCAUUGGGACCUGGGUUAGAUUCCCCGGCAUUUCAGUCGAUAAAUUGUUUGUCCAUGUACCUAGAAAUUGGAACACAUCCUCUUUGUUUUACUGUCAUCUCAUUAUUGUAAAUGUAUCUUUUACAUAUUCACUGGACUUCUUGUCAGAAAUGAUCUUGAACAAGAGGUUUGUAUUAUAUUGUCAGCUUGAUCCUGUUGAUCGACCGUGUAUAUUUUAUAUUUCUAAGUCAUAGUGUUUGUGUAUGCCAGUCUGAAUGACAUCUGCUUAAAUAGUCAAGUGCUCA